AUGUAUAGCCUCACCCCAGCACAGGUGGAAUCCUACCACCGCGACGGCUUCCUCCUUCUACGAGUAGGCGAGCACAAGCUUGUCAACCCAGUGGAAUUGGCAAGGUGGACGGAAGAAGUGAAAUUAUGGCCGCGUGUGAAGGGCAAAUGGAUGCCAUACGAUGAGAUCAACAUCAAGGGUGAGCGCCAGUUGAUGCGCACCGAGAACUUUGUCGACUAUCACGAUGGCUUCAAUAAAUUGGUCUGUGGAGAGGCGUUGGCUGGUAUUUUGGGAGCCCUGGCUGGCGAUGACAUGCUCCUGUUCAAAGAUAAAAUCAACUACAAGCAAGCCCGCGGCAACGGCUUCCAAGCACACUUGGACGCCCCUGCUUACGAUCACAUCGGCCGCAUCGAGCAUAUCACUGCCAACUUCGCCAUUGACCCAGCAACUAAAGAGAAUGGAUGCCUCGAAGUGGUCCCAGGCAGCCACAAAAUGAACGUACCAUGCAUUGACGGCGGACGUAUCGACCCUGCCUGGGAAGAAGCUCAGCAGUGGCUAACUGUGCCGCUGGAAGCUGGCGAUGUGCUGAUAUUUGGAUCGCACUUGGCACAUAGAUCGGAGAAGAAUGAUACCGACAAGGCACGUGCCAGUUUAUAUGCUACAUUCUAUGGAAAGAGUGAUGGGUUGGAUUUGAGGCAGAAGUAUUACUUGCAUCGACGCGCUAAUUUCCCUCCGGAUCAUGAACGUGAACCAGGCAAAGACUACUCACAAGGCUUCAAGACCUACGGCUUCGCAGCCCCAUUCACCCAGAAUGAAGACGCAGCUCCAGUAACGGCAUAG